AUGCUGAAAAAUGAAAGGUCACAGAAGUGGCACGUGAAGGACGUAACAAAAUCAAACGUAGUUUUUGACAGUCAGAAAGAUAAUUCAGAAGUAAAUGAUCAGGGGUCAGAGGCAAGCAAGAGCAAACAGUGGGAAGAAUGGAUUCGAAGUCAACCUAUCAGCGUACUUCGGCUAGAUCGAACCGAACGACUCGUUUUGAAAAUUGGAGGUGAGACUUAUUUUGAGAGCAAAUCUUGUCAGUAUUGCCUAGUGUUAUCGAAUUCAUACUUUAUUCCAUUCGACUUCUACUAA